GCAAACAUUCCCGCGGACAACGUGACAUAAGUACGGAGCCCGAUAGGUUUUAUUCAAGCAGCAACAGCAUAUAUCCAAAAUGCCAAGCCAUCGGGAUCCCUUCCCGCCACUUAAAUAUGAAAAUGAUAACACGUUCACUGGUAAACGGGAGUGUCAGAAGCUGCCCUACAACAAACCCGUGCAUCUUGCUCAAAAUGACCAGCCGUGGUGCCGUUUAAGUGAGAGCGCAACCUUGGCUAGUUCCAGACGCGGCGUUUUCCACCACGACGCAGGGGUUCCAAGGGACAGCCUGGAUUUACAUCUAAAGGCUACCUAUGAUCACCACCAAGAAUUUCUGAGGACCAAAAACCAGACCCUGUUUCAGAAGGAGACCUUCAGCAAUGACGAUGGGAGAAUUCUAACAAUUCCGGCGGAGGAAGAUCCACCCAGGAACAGCGGUGCGACAGCUCAAAUACAAAUGUGGGUUAACCCCCAGAAAUUGUCCAUUUACAGCAUCAAAGGAACAAUCGAGAGCCACCAUAACGCCUCCACAAACAGGGGCUACUCGAGAAAGGAGGGCGGCGGAUUCUACUCCACCUAACGUAUUCACGUGCUACUCUCGGAGUGGUUCGAUGCACAGUCGCUGCUUAAAUAAUAAAAAGCUCUUGAAAGUUU